ACUCUUUGUGAGGAAUGAAAGUUUGUCACAACAACCCUGAGUUUGACGUUGAUUCCGUUUUUCACCCUGUAGCAUGUGGAGGCCUAUCUAUAUCUAUACCCAACUGCUGAGUGUGGAGAAUAAAAACUGACUGCGUGUUGUCAGGGUCCACAUUCUAGCUUGUUUGCUUUGAAGAAUUUUCGAGGUGGAGAAGUAAGAUGCUUCAGGGUUUGAUUUCAGCCCAUGCUGUGCUAUGCAAAUGUUCUCUACAUGCCUGAGUGACCUUUUGAGAAAGAGCCUUUGUGAUCUUCUGUAGCCAGGGCCUGUUCUGGGAACAGUGUGCCAGAUUCCUCUAAAAGUGGGAAAAGUGGAUCUGUUUAAAGACCACAUAAAAAAGCCAAUGCUUUUCCUGGGUAAAUAUCGUUUCCCUGGAACCUGGGCUCCCCAGACGCCGCGCUGGAGCAGAUGGAUAAUGGAGACUGGGGCUAUAUGAUGACUGACCCAGUCACGUUAAAUGUAGGUGGACACUUGUACACAACAUCUCUCACCACAUUGACGCGAUACCCGGAUUCCAUGCUUGGAGCUAUGUUUGGCGGGGACUUCCCCACAGCUCGAGACCCUCAAGGCAAUUACUUCAUUGAUCGAGAUGGACCUCUUUUCAGAUAUGUCCUCAACUUCUUAAGAACUUCAGAGUUGACCUUACCUUUGGAUUUUAAGGAAUUUGAUCUGCUUAGGAAAGAAGCAGAUUUUUAUCAAAUCGAGCCCUUGAUUCAGUGUCUCAAUGACCCUAAGCCUUUGUAUCCUAUGGAUACUUUUGAAGAAGUUGUGGAGUUAUCUAGUACUCGGAAGCUUUCUAAGUACUCCAAUCCAGUAGCUGUCAUCAUAACCCAAUUAACCAUCACCACCAAGGUCCAUUCCUUACUAGAAGGUAUCUCAAACUAUUUUACAAAGUGGAAUAAGCACAUGAUGGACACCAGAGACUGCCAGGUUUCCUUCACUUUUGGACCCUGUGAUUAUCACCAGGAAGUUUCUCUGCGGGUCCACCUGAUGGAAUAUAUCACAAAACAAGGCUUCACGAUCCGCAACACCCGAGUGCAUCAUAUGAGUGAGCGGGCCAAUGAGAACACAGUGGAACACAACUGGACUUUCUGUAGGUUGGCCCGGAAGACAGAUGAUUGAUCUUUAACCCUGGGAAAAGUUCCUGGAAACCAACUCUCCAGUAGAUGGAAGAGACUGAUUUUUUUUUUUUUUUAAUCACAGUGUGAGAUUUUUUAAAAAAUUUUUUGUAUUUAUUUGCAGGCAUUGAGGACCAGAAGGAAGUUUUAUGCUUUAGCAGGAUCUUCUAUGUUUUGUUCCCUUUGCCCUGAGUAUGCAUGUGCCUGUUCAGAGCCUCCAGAUACCUUUUUUAUAAAAAGAAGUCUAAAAAUUAUUAUGGUCUAUAAUCUACCCUUAACAGAGCUUUUUUGUAUUACAGUGCUAAAAUGAUUUCUGAGUAAAUGGUCCCUAACUCAACUAGAAGGCUAAAAAAAUGCAGGAAUGAAAGAAUAAACAGAGUACUCAAGAUGCUUUUGACAAAAAUCAAAACAUCAUGUAGGGUGACCUAGUUUCCAAUAAUCCGUAUUGUAAUAUUAAAGGAAAACUGUUCCAGUCGUUUAAAAGUACUUGUUAAGUACUGCUUUUUACAGUUACGACAACUGUUUCUUUCUAUGCAUAUAAAUCAAGCAACCAAAUAUCUGUAGCCAUGGAAAUGUCUGACUAGAAAUAUUUAUAUUGGAUUCUGAAUACAAAAUGUCCCUGUGGUAGAAAUCUUACUUCUUAUGCCUGGUACAGUAUUAAUUCCCAAGUGUACUGUCUACCAGGAAAAA